CUCAAUCCCCAACUUCGCGUCUCAACUUCCGUCGAUUUUGACCUAUUUCAUACCUCAGAGCACUCGACAGGAAACACCUGCGAAGCGGAAUCGAGAGGAGUGCGGAAGAUGGUGUGCUUGGCGUGCUUGUUGCCCCUCUUCUUGAUUCCGGUGGUCAAUGCUUUGCCUUUGCUCUUCGACGUCAUUGUCGGUAAAAUUUAUCAUCUUUUUGGAUGGGAAUACAGAAAGCCUGAAAGGGUGCCACCUGCUUGUCCUUACAAGCCUGCAUCCAAGAAAAAUGGAGAUCUAAAUGAGACAGAGAAUCAAGUGGAACCACCAAAGUCUGCCGCAGAAUCAAGUGACAAAAAAGACUAAAGUUGCAGCAAACUGACUUUUCUCGACACGGUGCCAAUUUUAAAGCUGUAGAAACAUAUUUAUCUGCAAUUUGUUGUUCCAACUGAUUCACGUUACCAACUAGCUGAAAUAAAUCUGUGGACUUGUUCUGAAACAUCUUUUGAAUGUGAUGAAGACAUGAUGUAAAUUGUCUUCAGGAGAACAACUUAUGUUACUCGGUAGAACAGUAAUAUCAUUCAUGAUGUAAAUAUCAACUAGAACGGAGGUGGACAAGAAAUGAACCCUUGUGGGUC